CCCUACAGCUCCGUGGAAACGGUGCUCAUCAUUGGGGUGGCCAGCUCUGUGAGCUUCAUGACCAUCCUGGGCAACAUCCUGGUGAUGCUCUCCAUCUGCGUCAACCGCCACCUCCAGACCGUCAACAACUACUUCCUGUUCAGCCUGGCGUGUGCAGAUCUGGUCAUCGGUGCAUUCUCAAUGAAUAUCUACACGGCGUACAUGCUCAUGGGUCAGUGGCCCUUUGGGCCACUCAUGUGCAGCCUGUGGCUCGUGGUAGAUUACGUGGUCAGCAACUCCUCAAACAUGCACUUGCUGCUCAUCAGCGUGGACCGCUACCUCUGCGUGACGCGCCCCCUGACCUACCCAUCCAGACGGACCCGGCACUACGCAGGGCUGAUGGUUCUGACGGCGUGGGUUUUCUCGCUCGUGCUCUGGGCGCCGGCCAUCCUGAUAUGGCAGCGUUUCAAUGGGCAACGCCUUCACCAGAGGGACGAGUGUUACAUCCAGCUCCUGUUGAACCCCGCUGUUACUCUAGCAACCGCGGUUCCAUCGUUCUACCUGCCGGCCGCUCUCAUGGCGGUUCUGUACGCCCGCAUUUCCAGGGCCAGCCGACGCCACUCGGACCCACGGAGUUCUGCUCCAAACUUCUCCGCCACCGAGACAACCUCCCGCUUCCUCCAGGUCUCGGCCAUUGAGAGUGGCGCACUGUCCCACACGUCCAGUGCCCAUCCUAUGGGAGGCCCUCAUGCAGGGGAGGACCUCACCCCACUGGACACAGAGUCCAGCCAGCCCGCCCAGACGGGAGAGGCCGUCCGGCUCUCGGAGGUGGGGCACCAGGGGCUCCGGAGGGCUCUGAGGUUCUCCAAUCAGAAGCUGGGAGGGUGUGCCUCCGCCCCUGUGCCCGGCACCCCCACCUGCAGCCGCGUGAGCAAGAGGAGCAGGAGACGUGUUUCGCUGAGGGAGAGGAAGGUGACCAGGACCAUCCUGGCCGUGCUCCUGGCCUUCAUGGUGACGUGGACGCCAUACAACAUUAUGGUUCUCAUCGGGACCUUCUGCCACUUCUGUGUGUCAGACACAAUCUGGACAAUUAGCUACUGGCUGUGUUACAUCAACAGCACUAUCAACCCUGCUUGCUAUGCGCUCUGCAAUGAGACGUUCAAGAAGACCUUCCGGAAUCUUCUGCUGUGUCGGUAUAAGAACAUCAACUCCAAAUAG